AUGGAACGGAAAAUGUCGAUUACUGUCGAUCGUUUUGUUCUCCAAAACGAAAUUAGAAACACUUCGCUCCACCCACGUGUUGAAGCGGUACACUUCUUUCCACGGAGCUUUUCAAUGGAACCGAAUACCGAUUUUCAGGGGAGCCAAAGCAGCUGCAGGACGGGAGUGCAAACAAACUGA